AUGACCAAAUCUGUUUCUGAGGAGGGAGAGAUUCCCGAUCGAAAACACCUUCGAUCGUCGUCUCUGGCUCAAUUGGAUAAGAUGAAGAUCCUAGAGAGGAAUUCUGGUGCAGCCAGAAAAUCUAUUUUUAUGAACGAUGAGUACAAUUCCGGCGAUAUGAACAUGAUUGAGGAAACUGAAACUGGCAGUGUUACAUCGGGCUCAUCAUCAUCUUCUCGUGACGACAGUACCACCGAGCACAAACUUGGAAAGUACGAGAAAAGAAAGAAGAUUCUACAGAAGCAUGGGGAUAAAGAGCCUGUAGUGGAUUUAAAAAUGAGCCGAUUCAUGACAGAUGCUUACGGGAAACAUAGAUACAAACCGGACGGAACCUUCAGGGCCAAAUUUGCCGAUUUAAACUUUCAAGCAAGAACAUCAAUCCUUGACAGAGAUGUUGUCUACGGAAGUGACUACUUUGGUCUUUUUGUAGCAGCAUGGUUUAUUGUUGCAAUGUUUUCUUUAAAUAUCGUUGUCAAGCACUACCUGGAGGAGGGAUCGCUACUAAGAUCGAAGGUGUUUGGAAUUAUGAUGAAAGAUCUUUGGAAAAUUGGCCUAACCGAUUUGGCGAUGUAUUUGGUCGCUUAUUUGCCAGUUAUUCUACAUAUGCUCAUUAAAAAUGGCUGGAUUAGAUGGCGAAACACAGGAAGAAUCAUAGAGUCGCUUUUUGAAACCGUAUUCGUAUUCUUUUUCGUGGCGUUUGCUGAUCAGAGAUGCUAUCCGUGGAUAGGUAAGAUCUUUUUGAUGCUUCAUUCUGUUGUGAUCCUUAUGAAAACUCACUCAUAUGCCUUCUAUAAUGGCUACAUGUGGGAUAUUAAGAACGAAUUGGAUGUUUCUUCCGCAUACGUGAAGAAACACGAGAACAUGGAGGAGUCCGUUAAAAAGGCAUUGGACAAAUCAAUAAGCUUCUGCAACUUUGAAAUGUCCACACAGGCUGCUCGUACUGCUGCAUUUCCCGGAAAUAUAACAUUCAAAAAUUACUUUGAAUAUUCGAUGUUUCCUGCUUGUGUGUAUGAAGUCUCUUAUCCUCGAAACAAGAGUAUUCGCUGGCGUUAUGUCUUCAGUAAAGCGGCCGGUAUUUUUGGAAUCAUCUUUGUUUUAGUGGCCAUUGCCCAGAAUAAUAUGUACCCCCUCGUCAUGAAAUGCUUAGAGAUGCAGAAGCACGACACGUUGAUGUCCAGAAUAGCCGCAUACCCCCUUCUCAUUAUUGAGAUGAUUCCACCUUUCCUUACCAUCUAUCUUUUAAUCUUCUUUCUCAUCUGGGAGUUGAUUCUCAAUGCUAUCGCUGAACUAUCGAGAUUUGCCGACAGAGAAUUCUACCGUUACUGGUGGAACUCCACUGAUUGGAAUCAGUACUCAAGAGACUGGAAUGUGCCCGUGCACAAGUUCUUGCUACGUCACGUUUAUCAUUCUUCAAUAUCCGGUUUCCAUGUCAGCAAAUCAACGGCCACCUUCAUCACUUUCUUAUUGAGUUCUUUGAUGCACGAAGUGGCCAUGUACGUUCUCUUCCAUAAGGUGAGGUUCUAUCUUUUGGGUCUGCAGAUGUGCCAGCUACCCUUGGUUCAGUUUUCGAAGACCAAAUUUAUGAUGCAGUUCCCGGUCUUGUCGAAUGCUAUCUUUUGGCUUGGUAUUGUUUUAGGUCCAUCCCUAUUGUGCACAAUGUAUUUGGUAUUCUAA